GCCGCGGCGAGCGGCCCAGGAGCAGCAGGCCGCGGCGAGCUGGUGUGCUGGGCGCUGUGGGCCUGCGGCGCGGCGGACGCCAGGCAGAGCUGGAUGGCCGUGUCUGCAGACGCCAAGAAGGCGGGGACCGAGGCGCUGCGGGGCGGGGGUGCCGACGUCACAGACGACGACGUCGCCGAGCUCGUCCUGAAGGUGAGGUCGACGCUGAACGCAGGGCGAGCCCCCCGUUCCAAGCGGGACGAGGCACGGCGCCUGGAGGCGGCGCUGGACCCGGUGGCCGUCCGCCUGGCGUCGGGGAACCCCGAGGUGCCAGGCUCCGAGAUGGCCGAGGCCCUCUGGGGGUUUGCAGAGGCCGCCACUUUCGCCACGCAGACGGAGGGUCGGAUCAGACGAGUGGCGGCCGACGCCGAUGGCUGGGGGACGAUCGCGGAUCGGAUCUGGGCCCGAGCGGUGGGCGCCGACGGGAACACGCUGCCCGUCGACUGGGUGCUGCACCUUGGCAUAGGUCUCUUCCUGUCGAGUCUGGCGGUGGUGCUGGGGGCCGACUCGGUGCGACGCCGCCUGGCAGGCGGGGCUGUAGGGCUGGUCGGGACCUUCCUGCUGGUACGGCGGGUGCCCGAGCGGGUGGUCGCCUGGUGGACACGCUGGCGGCGGCGUUCGGCCUUCGCCGCGGCGCGGAGGCGCGGCGGGGACGGCCUGGACCGGACCGCCGCCGAGGCCGCGGAGGCACCUGCGGGCCCGCUGCACCCGCCGGGGCUUGCAGCACUGCCGCCUCCGCCGUGGGCCCCGCCCGCCGAGGGCGCUGGCGCGGGUGCCGCUGCGGCGAAGCCUGGCGCGCAGGACCUGUCGGCGCUGCGGGCGUUCGCCCAGGGGUGCGAGGUGCCGGGCCCCUUCAGCCAGACAGCGGCUACGCAGCAGCAGCAGCAGCAGCAGCCACAGCCGACACCAGAGGUGGCCGUGCCAGCAUCGGGGCUCAGCUUCCACGUUCCCCACGCUCCUGCAGAUGCGGUGAAGCUAGGACGGGAGGUGGAGAUAGUGGGCGCCACGCUGCGCGAGUUCCAGGCGCAGGCGGCCAUCAACGAGGACUGGGCCUGGCACUUCUGGGAGAGGAUCGCGGCCGUGGAUGGCUCCAGGGGGCUGCACCCUGACCUCCGACGAGUGCUGCAGACUCACGGCUACGUGGGAGCGGGGACGAAGUCCCCGCCAGGAGAGUCGUUGGAGCAGGAGCUGGACGCGCUGCUCGCCUCCCCUACGGCGCCGCUCGGCGGGGGCAUGCACGCCUCCCCUGGGUGGGCCGUGGCCCCGCAGACCCAGCAGCAUCAGGAGGACAGUCGAUGGAACCUGGGCCUCCCGCCGGAGCUGCGGCGCGCGGCGCCGGAGAUCUACCGCACCAUGCGGGGCGCGGGGGCGGCCAGCGCGCGGGACUGGCUGUCGCAGGAGGUGACGGGCCAGCGACACACGGCGGUCUGGACCGACCUGUGGACUGCCGCCACCAACGUGGACUACUUGCUGGGCGGUUGCGCGACCCAGUCCGAGCUGCUCACCCGUCUGGCGUCCGACGAUGCGCUGGAGCUGCACCUGAGGCGGCUGGCGAGCUACGUCUACGAGAUGCGGACGAAGGACAAGGUUGGGGGGGCGGCCAUGUUGGCUGUCCGCCCGCCCGGGUCAGCCGCCGACUUGGCUCCGACAUGGCUGGUGACCGAGGCCACGACCCACAGCCAGGCGGAGCACCAGCGCGACGAGAGGGUCAUGCCGCCAGCAAGCACGACGGUCGAGGCAGCGGCCGUGGCGGGGGCCAAGGAGGUGGAGCGGGGGGCGGCAGCGAGGUUGAGGACGCGCUGGGCUCGACGCAUGCGUGCGUGGCGUCGGGCCUGUGGGCUCAUCGAGCUCAUGAACGGGAUGGACCGCGGAUCCCUGGAGGCGAGACCAACGGGCCAGCGCGAGACGAGCGACAACGAGAUGAUGCUGGCCUGGCAGCUCGUGCAGCAGUAUGCGUUACAGGACGCAGCGCGGCACGAGCGCGACUGCCGGGGGCUUGCCCCGACAGGCGGUCAAGGGGCGGAUCUUGCCUGCGACAGAGGACCGCAGGACGCCUACACUGGAGAGCGCAAGGGUGUGAGCAAGCACGCGAUGAUGUGCGCAGCGGCGGUGGCAGAACCUCCGGACGACAUGGUCGUGGACCUGCUGGAGGCGCUGCCCGACGGCGAGCGCCAGUACUAUUCGGACGAGCGGAACGUCCUGGACUACAGCGGCAAGGCGCUGCUGGGCGUGGGCGCACGCUUGGGGGCGCUCGUGGGCGCCGCGGCUCCCGCCGACGGCGCGGCCUGCUGUGCGCCGCGCACCUCGCCGCCCGAGGACGGGGGGCUGGAGGCCGGCAGCCGCGGGGAUGCCGAGCCUGAGGGCGCUCAGCAGCACCGCUACGACGACGACUGGCUAGGGCAGCAGUCCAGCUGCCGGGCUGCGCCGCCUAGCCCGAGGGGCUACAGCGUGGCGGAGUGGCUGGAGACAGUGAGGCGGGCGAAGAGGGAUGACGAGCGUGUGAUGGUGGUGAUGCAUCUCUUCGCUGGCCGUCGGCGGCGUGGUGACGUGCAGGAGGUGGUAGAGAGGCUGGCGAAGGAGCGGAGCUUGAGGGUGCUCUUCCUUUCCGCCGAUCUCCUGGACGACCCGCGGUGGGACCUGGCCAACCCCUCCACGUUCUCCGCCUUGAUGGAGCUGUGCGAGGGCGGCUGGGUGGACAUCGUACUGGGCGGUCCGCCCUGUUCGACCUGGUCGCGGGCACGCUACAAUCGUCGCCGACCUGGGCCGCCGCCGGUGCGCUCGCGGCGGUGCCCCUGGGGGCUGUCAGGCCUCAGGGACUGGGAGGCCGCCAGAGUCUCGGAGAGUAACACCUUGACGCUUAACUUGUUGGCGCUCUGCGAGGCGUGCGGCCAGAGCGGCGGCGCCUUCCUCAUCGAGCACCCGGAGGACCCAGGGCAUGCGCCCUACCCAUCCAUCUGGAACACGACUGAGAUGCUGGAUUUCGAGACGAGGCGCUCGUCGCGGAGAGCGUGCUUGGACCAAUGCAUGCUGGGCGGACGGACGAAGAAGCCCACGUGCCUGAGCGGCGCGCUGCAGGGGCUGGAGGACCUGAACGAGCUGCGGUGCGACGGGCCCCAUGCCCACCAGACGGCCGAGGGCAAGCUGGCCGACGGCACCUUCCGCACGAGCCCGCUGGCCCAGUACCCCGAGGGGAUGUGCGAAACGCUGGGCACCUUGAUUGUUCAGACCCUGGCCAUCUUCGAGCAGACCGGCUUGGGCGGCACCGGGUGGCGAAGGCCGCCGGAGGCCGACAGGUCGGUCACCGCCUGGAGCUCGCGGAGCACUACGACGCCAGCGGUAGCCGUGCGGAACGAGGAUGUGCUUCGCGGUCGUGGGCUGGUGCUGGACGGGCCGCAGAUGGCCUUCUACUUGCACGUCGACGACGGGGUGGUGAUGGCCGGUGGCAGCGGCUGUGGCCCACGGGCCUCUGGGAAGAUGCACCAGCUGGCGGAUGCCCUGGCCGAGGCCGGCUUCGUGGUCACCGACCGCACGGAGGCCAGCGACAUGCAGAAGGUGCUGGGCUACGCACCACAGGCGCGUCCGGCGCAGCUACGCUUGCCCCCGAAGAGGGCACGAGAGCUGGUGCAGCAGCUGGAGGCGAUGGGCGCCACCCGCUCCCUCCACACCGAGGAGCUUCGGUCGCUCUUGGGGGUGUGGAUCUGGGGCGCACUGCUUCGGAGGGAGCUGCUCUGCAUACCCAGCGCCGUCUUCAGGCUCCUGGAGAGGCACCCGCACCAGAGGGUGUGCACCUGGGCGACCGUCCGCAGGGAGCUGCGGGCUAUGGCUCGAGUAGUCCCGCUGAUGUACGCCGACCUGGGAGCCCCGCCAGCCCCCGUGUAUUUCGCGGCGGACGCCAUGGGCGCCAACGUGGAGGACGACGGCGGUUGGGGCAUCCUGGUGACAGACAUGAGCGAGGACAUCGCGAAGGACUUCAUCGACACGGGCGGCAACUUGGGCUACACCGUGGCGCGACUGGACGGCGAGCUUACUGGAUUGCGGCGUCCCGAGCAGGUCAUCCGUCGGACGAAGCCCUUCAGCCUCCUCCCCGAUCGAGUGUUCAAGCCCGACGAGGACUGGACGAUCGUAGGAGCGGGGAGGUGGCGGGCGGCCGAUCACAUCACGCUGGGCGAGGGGCGCUGCGUCGUGAAGAUCAGCAGACUGGCGGCCGCCACACCUGCCCUACACCGCACCGUGCUGCCGAUCCUGGAGGACAACCAGCCAGUCUCGGGUGCGGUAUGCAAGGGGAGGUCCCCGGCGCACAUGUUGAACCGCCUGUUGCGUCAGAAGACCGCAGCAGGGAUGGCAUCUCGUACGAAGAUUCUGAUUCCAUGGGUGGAGACGCUCAGGCAGCCUGCUGAUAAGAUAUCGAGGAAGCUGGACAGCACUUCUGUUGAGAAGGUAAAGCCGCACACCCUGGCAGCCUACAGGGCGGCGGCUAUGAAGUUCGUGACCUACCUGGACGAGCACGGUUUUGUCCCCGACGGGCCCGAGCAGCGGGACGACCUGCUUGUCGAAUACAAGAACGACAUGCAGAUGACCAAGUGCAAGUUCGAGUACGCUGUCGCGGCAGUGGAGUUUGUCUUCCCACGCCUGAGGAGGAAGCUGACUUGGUCCCACUCGGUGAUUGACGCAUGGCGAGUGUCGGCCGAGGUGAAGCACGCGCCGCCGCUCGGCCGCGCGCCGGCUAACCUGGCCGCUAUCUAUUUAUCCUGCUGGGGCGUGCCGCGGCUGGGCGUAGGCUUGCUACUGCAGGUGGACCGCGGCCUGCGCCCGUCGGAGAUGCUUCAGCUCAGAGCAAAAGACAUAUCCUUGCCAUCGUCGAGAGGGGGACCUGAUCUGCAGCCAAAUUGGGUUAUCAACCUGGGAGCCAAGUCGGGGACAAAGGCCAAAAGGAUGCAGUUCGCCAUUAUUCUGGAGCAGGGCGGAGUACUGGAGAACCUCUUGCACCGAGUAGUCUUGGGAACGCCGCCCGAGGGGCUCCUCUUUCCUUACUCGCUUGUCGACUACAGGCAUCGGCUCAAGCAGUUUGAAGCAGCCCUGGGCCUCGACAUUCACUGGACGCCACACUCGGCGCGCGCAGGUUUCGCCAGCGAUUCCGUGGCUCGUGGCGUCCCCUUCCAGGACAUCAAGGAGGCAGGACGGUGGCUCACCGAGUCCAGCCUCCGCAUCUACGUGGACGUCGUCACCGCCUCCCGGGUCCUGGCGCAGGCUGAGCAGCGAGGAAUCGCACCGCUCAUCCGCGAGGCGGCCGAGAAGCUGCCCCACUACUUCCCGGAGGGCAUCUUCGGCGAGGGGCCGCCUGCGCCAGCGCUGGGCGCACUGGUGGAUGGGCUGCUGGCGGGUCCGCAGCAGCCGGGGGAUGCAGCGGCGGGCGCGGGCGCGGCCGAGGCCGAGGCGCCAGCGCCGGCGGCCCCAGGCGUGGCGGCUCUGAGGCCCCCGCAGCCGCUGGUGGCGCAGCCGCUGGCAGCGGGCGCGGCCGCGGGGCAAAGGCGCGCGCGCUGGAGCAGCUGGUCGCUGUUGCGCGCGGCCUGGCUCAUCGCAAGGUGGUGCGGACGCUCGACUACUCGAGGAGUGACGUGGGCGGCGGUCGCCGCGAUGCUGAUCGGGUGGAGCUACAUGGCCGGGCCGCUCGCCCACCUCGGGGCCAUGAUGGGUGUCGUGGCCAGCGUAUCAGUCUCGGCUGGCAAAGUGGUCGACAGCGGCCUCGGGGCAGUCAUCACGGCAGCACAGGGCGUGUCCGACUUCGCCGUGACGUCGCCCCGCAGCUCGGCGAGCCUCCUGCAGGAAGCCUGGCGCGGGGUCGACAUUACCAACCUGCACGUCCGCCAGCGCCACGCCGAGCGGCUAGCGGACGACCCCGAGAUCCUGCAAGCCUGGAUCGAGCGAGAGUUCCUGACAGACGAGCCUCGCCCGCCAGGAGCCGAGCAGGUCACCACCGCGAUCUCUGAAGCUUCGGUGAACAUACCUCACAUGUCAGAGAGAUGGCAGAUGAUGAUCUGGCCAAGUCAAUACCGCGAGCUGCACAUGACACUUGACCUGCUGCCGUCCGGGUUCUACGGAGUCCACCUGGUCGAGCGGAUCGUAAACUUCAAGGUUCAGUGGAGCAACCCAGUCUGGAGCAGCCUCGACUGCGACAUCAGCUCAGAGAGAGAUACAGUCGUGGCUCACAUAAACUCCACCCUGGAGGGGCUCCCACUCCCCGAGAUACGCUACAUGUCCAUGACUGAUCGUGAAAUUCAAGUUGCCAGGCUCCCAG